AUGAAUAGUACUAUGGACUUAUCAGCUUUGUUACUAUUUGAGGAUAGUGCAGACUCUGAAGAUGAUUAUGUCUUCUUUACUGUGAACAUAGCUAUCACUGGAGAUAACGAAGAUGAUGCAGAGUCAUGUAACUGUGACACGACUAGCACAUCUGACCUACCUAAGGAUGGUGAAGGGCAGGAAGAUGAUGAAGGAUUUGGUGAAUUUUGUGGCAAUAAUGAAGUUGCAGAGUUAGAAGCUGAAGCAGAAAGAAGGAUAUUUGUGAAUGAAUCAGAAGAUAGACUAUUUUGGGAGACCUGCAUGGAAGUGGGGUAUCCAUGA